AUGGACACCCUUAAAUCUGUCCUGUACCUUGUAGUGAAGCAUUCCCAUUUGAGAUGCAAUGACGACGAGAUCAUGAUAGAUGAAAACAAAACCUCGAGAACUAGAUCACGAUAUACCCAUUUUUAUGUCAAGCACGAUAGAACGAUAUACCCAGGAUAUUUUUAUCCAGUGAAGGCUGCUUCUUCACGCCUUGCCAACACGCUUGCACCGCAAGGCUUUAGCAGAAGGGGGGGAGAAGGGGAUGAUUAUCUUAUUUUUGAAUGA